AUGGCCGUUUCAUCAUCUUUUUCUCUUUUCAUCCUUUUUCUUGUGUUUGCUUUUGCUGCUACAGCGCCUAUGGGUAAGGAUUACAUCGUUGGUGGCAAACCUGAUGCAUGGAAAGUUCCUUCUUCUGAAUCUGAAUGUGACUCUCUCAACAAAUGGGCUGAGGGAGUUCGUUUCAACGUUGAAGAUCAUCUUAUUUUCACAUAUGAAGCUGGAAAAGACUCAGUUUUUGAAGUGAGCAAAGAGAAUUAUGUGAGCUGCAACACCUCAAGCGCGAUAAAAAAGUACAACGAUGGAAAAACCAAGGUGAGAUUUGAUUUUUCAGGUCCGUACUACUUCAUCAGUGGAGAAAAGGGUCACUGUGAAAAGGGUGAGAAGGUUACUGUGGUGGUUAUAAGUCAAAGAAGUAUCGUAUCUCCUUCACCUUCUGCUUCUCCUGCUUCGGCUCCGGUGGCUCCUGUACAAGGUCCAGCUGUUGCUCCAAGUCCAAAGAGCAGUGCAAAUGUUUUGCAGGGUGGUGGUGUUUUGAUGGCCAUGGGAGUGGUGGUGGCUGCUAUGUGUUUUUUCUGA